AUGAAUAUGUACACUCCAACAACUUGUCUACUAUUGAAUUAUACUGUACAAUCUCAUCAGUGCGAAGAUUGUAGUGAUGGGUCGUGUAAAUAUUACACAUGCUACAAUGAGUUUUUUCAAGCAACGUAUCCAAUUGCAAAUGGCACUUAUAUAAUAUCUACUACCUCGAGCAUAGAUAGAUCUGAACAGCAUCAACAAACACAGAUAAAUAAUGCGUACAAGUGUUUUUACCAGUUGGAUAAUGUCAUUCUUCUUCUGAUGGAACUCCCAAAUAACAACACAAAUUUGUGCUGGGUUGCAAGUGCUGCCAUUGCCAUUGUCGGGCUUUAUUGUCAAGCUGUGUAG